GCUUGCCCGGCUGCCGCGCCUCUAGCUGCCCCUGGUUACCGUUGGUGUUUGCGAAUUCUCCGCAACGCCGGUUUGGCCGCGGACCCGGCCCGCGGCGGUUCCACACGCGCGCGCCGCCGUCACGUGGGCCGAGGCUUCCCAGGCGGACACUGGCCGGUGGCUGAGGCGGGAGGAAGGCGCUGCGGCUACCGCUAGCCCUCCCUCGCCGCCCCAGGGCUGGCGCGCGGAUAAAAAUGGCGAAAUGGGGGGUAGCCGGCGGGGAACCUGACGGGAUGGGGCACGGAGGUGGCACUGUUGUGGGAGCCUGCUGAGGUGGGCGCAGUUGACCUGGCCACCUCGGGCCGGCGGCGGACAGCGCGGACCACGGACUCCGAGGGUCGCCGAGGGCCCCGCCGAGAGCCGGAGGCAAUGGACGAGCAGAGUGUGGAGAGCAUUGCUGAGGUUUUCCGAUGUUUCAUUUGUAUGGAGAAAUUGCGGGAUGCUCGGCUGUGUCCUCACUGCUCCAAGCUUUGUUGUUUCAGCUGCAUCAGGCGCUGGCUGACAGAGCAGAGAGCUCAGUGUCCUCAUUGUCGUGCUCCACUCCAGCUACGGGAACUAGUGAAUUGUCGCUGGGCAGAGGAGGUGACACAGCAGCUUGAUACUCUCCAACUGUGCAGUCUCACCAAGCACGAAGAGAAUGAGAAGGACAAAUGUGAAAAUCACCAUGAAAAACUUAGUGUAUUUUGCUGGACUUGUAAGAAGUGUAUCUGCCAUCAGUGUGCACUUUGGGGAGGAAUGCAUGGUGGACACAUGUUUAAACCUUUGGCAGAAAUUUAUGAACAGCAUGUCACUAAAGUGAAUGAAGAGGUAGCCAAACUUCGUCGACGUCUUAUGGAACUGAUCAGCUUAGUUCAAGAAGUGGAAAGAAAUGUAGAAGCUGUAAGAAAUGCAAAGGAUGAGCGUGUUCGGGAAAUUCGGAAUGCGGUGGAGAUGAUGAUCGCACGACUAGACACACAGCUGAAAAACAAGCUCAUAACACUCAUGGGUCAGAAGACAUCUCUUACUCAAGAAACAGAGCUGUUGGAAUCUUUACUUCAGGAGGUAGAGCAUCAGUUGCGGUCUUGCAGUAAGAGUGAGCUGAUAUCUAAGAGCUCAGAGAUCCUAAUGAUGUUUCAGCAAGUUCACCGAAAACCCAUGGCAUCCUUUGUUACCACACCUGUUCCACCAGACUUUACCAGUGAAUUGGUACCAUCUUAUGAUUCAGCUACUUUUGUAUUAGAGAACUUCAGCACUUUGCGCCAGAGAGCAGAUCCUGUUUACAGCCCGCCUCUUCAAGUUUCAGGACUUUGCUGGAGGUUAAAAGUUUACCCAGAUGGAAAUGGAGUUGUGCGAGGCUAUUACUUAUCUGUAUUUCUGGAACUAUCAGCUGGCUUACCUGAAACUUCCAAGUAUGAAUAUCGUGUAGAAAUGGUUCAUCAGUCCUGCAACGACCCUUCCAAAAAUAUCAUUCGAGAAUUUGCAUCUGACUUUGAAGUUGGAGAGUGCUGGGGCUAUAAUAGAUUUUUCCGUUUGGACUUACUUGCAAAUGAAGGAUACUUGAACCGACAAAAUGAUACAGUGAUUUUAAGGUUUCAGGUACGCUCACCAACAUUUUUUCAAAAAUGCCGCGAUCAGCACUGGUACAUUACUCAGUUGGAAGCUGCACAGACUGGUUAUAUUCAACAAAUAAACAAUCUUAAAGAGAGACUGACUAUUGAGCUGUCCCGAACUCAGAAAUCAAGAGAUUUAUCACCACCAGAUAAUCAUCUUAGCCCUCAAAAUGAUGAUACUCCUGAGACACGAAUUAAGAAGGCUGGCUCAUGCUCUGAAAUGCUUCUGGAAGGUGGUCCUACUUCAGCUUCUGUAAGAGAGACCAAAGAAGAGGAAGAGGAAGAAGAGAAGAUUCAGAAUGAAGACUAUCAUCAUGAGCUCUCAGAUGGAGAUCUGGAUCUUGAUCUUGCUGGGGAAGAUGAAGUGAAUCACCUGGAUGGCAGCAGCUCCUCUGCCAGUUCCACAGCAACAAGCAAUACAGAAGAGAACGAUAUUGAUGAAGAGACCAUGUCUGGAGAAAAUGAUGUAGAAUAUAACAACAUGGAGUUGGAAGAGGGAGAACUCAUGGAAGAUGCAGCUGCUGCAGGACCUCCAGGUAGUAGCCACAGCUAUGUGGGUGCCAGCAGCAGAAUGUCAAGAAGAGCCCAUUUAUGCUCUGCCGCUACCAGUAGCUUAUUAGACAUUGAUCCUUUAAUCUUAAUACAUUUAUUAGAUCUUAAGGACCGGAGCAGUAUGGAAAAUCUGUGGGGCUUACAGCCUCGUCCGUCUACUUCACUUUUGCAGCCCACAGCAUCAUAUUCUCGAAAAGAUAAAGAGCAAAGGAAGCAGCAGGCAAUGUGGCGAGUGCCCUCUGACCUAAAGAUGUUGAAAAGACUCAAAACUCAAAUGGCUGAAGUUCGGUGUAUGAAGAGUGAUGUGAAGACCACACUGUCUGAUAUAAAAGGCACUGGUGUUGCUUCUGGAGACAUACAGACAAACCUUUUUUGUGCUGACCAGGCAGCUCUGGCUACCUGUGGACCUGAAAAUUCUGGUAGAUUACAGGAUUUGGGAAUGGAGCUCCUAGCAAAGUCCUCAGUCGCUGGCUGUUACAUACGCAACCCCAUAAAUAAGAAGAAUUCACCCAAGUCAGCUCGGGCCAUAGCAGGCAGUCUGUCACUCCGAAGAGCUAUGGACUCUGGAGAAAACAGCCUUUCAAAGGGAGACUGCCAGACUUUGUCUGAAGGCUCCCCAGGAAGCUCUCAAUCUGGGAGCAGACACAGCUCUCCCCGAGCCCUGACACAUGGCAUCAUUGGGGAUAUUCUGCCCAAAAGUGAAGAUCGACAAUGCAAAGUUUUGGAUUCUGAAGCUGUGGUGGUUGCAGUUUUCAAUGGCUUACCUACUGUUGAGAAAAGAAGGAAAAUGGUCGCCUUGGGGGCUAACACAAAAGGAGGUCGCCUGGAAGGAAUUCAGAUGGCAGAUUUGGAAAGUCAUUCGGAAGCUGGGGAGUUACAGCCCGCACUGCCUGAAGGAGCAUCAGCUGCCCCCGAGGAAGGAAUGAGCAGCGACAGCGACAUUGAAUGUGACACUGAGAACGAGGAGCAGGAAGAGCACACGAGCAUGGGCUCCUUCAAUGAUCCGUUCCUGGCUCAGCCCCCCGAUGAAGAUUCACAUUCCAGUUUUCCUGAUGGUGAACCAAUUGAUCCUGAAAAUCUCCACUUCAGUACCGAUGAAGGCGGUGGAAGAUUGCUUGUUCUUGGAACACAGAAGCCAUACUGUGAGGAAGCCCAAACCAGCCCACUUGGAGAAACAGCAUGUACAGGGUCACACGGAUAUGAGCUGAGGCCCCUGUCCACAGCUAGCAGCCAUCAUCAGCUACCUGACGUAUCCCUGGAGAAGGUAGACGGUGCUAAGUGACUGGUGACGUUCGAGAUGCCGUAAACAGUCUCCUCCUUGGAGUCUGGGUCAUUGCUUUGGCUGGACUGAUUGGUGAGUGAACUCUGGGGCUCUGCCUGUCUCUGUGGCUCCAACACUAAGAUUACAGGCACAUGCCAACACACGUGCUUUUCAGCAUGGAUUCUGAGUUGACGUCGAGUCCUCACACAUGCAGAUACUCUCCAAGCUCUUGCCGGUACUUUUUUAAAUUGCAGAUUAUGAUCUUUAAUGAGUAAUAUGAAGUCAUUGCAGUUGUGACCUGUUUGUCUGUUUUAACAGCAUUGGGCAUUGACCUCGGGCCUCUUGCUUGUUAAGCAAGUGCCCUCUCACCCUAACUAUGCCCUUUAGCCCUUUUUCAUUAAAAAAAAAAUGACAACUGUUCAUUCAUUCAUCUGUUCGGUGGGGUGGGGGGUAUGCAAGUGUCAUGGUGCACUCAUGGAGGUCGGAGGGCAACUGCAGGAGGUGAUUCUCCCCUUCUACAGUGUGGGUCCUGGGGAUGGAACCCAGGUUGUCAAGUUUGGUUGCAAGCACCUUUAACCCCCAGGCCAGUGGUUCUCAACCUGUGGGUCAUGACUCCUAGUGUUGCAUAUCAUAAUUCAUAACAGUAGCAAGGUUACAGUUAUGAAAUAGCAACACAAAUAAUUUUCUAGUCGGGGGUCACCACACCAUGAGGAACUGUGUUAAAGGGUUGCAGCAUUGGGAAGGUUGAGAACCACUAGUCUUGCUGACCUUCAUUUUUAUUUUGACAUGAGGUCUCACUGCAUUGCCCAAACAGGCCUCAAACUUUCGAGCUUCGCGAGGGGCUGGGGUUUCAGGGCUGGACCACCACGCCUAGUUGUAACCAGCUUGUCUCUGCUCUGCUUUGUUCUGGUUGUAGUUCUGAGUGUGGCCUUCAGCUCCAUACAUGGUAGGCAAGCACUACAGUUGAGCUAAGUGGUAUUCAGGUGUGUUGGAAGGUCAUUUUUCAGAGCUGCUGCUCCUUACCAAAUGCUGUAUAAAAUCAUCUCCUUCAUUGCGUCUAGAUUAUUGACUUUCUCGUGAGGAGUCAGAGGUUCUUGGUACCCACACGGAUUGUCUUCACGUCUUUCCCGCUAUUACUCUGAUCUAAUCAGUUCUUUUGUUUGUUUCAAAAGCCACAUUUUAAAAUGAUCUGAGAACCUCACUGUGAUCUAGCUCCCUAGAGUUCCACAAGACAAUAUUCCCUUUUGUGUAAUGAAGCCAUCAGUCUAGUCUCAUCAAAGGUAAAGACUGUGACAGCUUGAGAGAACAAGGCACGCACCUUAAUCUCAUUAAUGUGUCAUUUGCAGUACAUUUUUAGUUACAGUUAAUGUACUUUUUUAACUUUUUGUCAGACAGAAUGAAAAUAUUUUCAGUGAAGUAGGGAAGAGGAUUAGCUCACUCAAGUGAGAUCUCAAACAUCACCUCCGUCAGCUCUGUCUGCACGUCAGAACAUGGAAUCACCGGCAUGAAUCAUGUCUUAUGGUUUUGACUGAAUUGAAAGAAACUGUUUCUGAGAAAUCAGAAUUGCAAAUGUCUCAAGUGUGGUCACAUCAGAGGAUACUUGAUACACCUCAGAUGCAAACUUGUCAUUAGGGCUUGUCAUUUGAAGGGAAUUACCAAGUGACUAACGGGAUAAUAACACAGAAACUGCUUUCCUUCAUAAUUUUUCUUUCUUUCUUUUUUUUUUUUCUUUUUCCAGAGCUGAGGACCGAACCCAGGGUCUUGUGCUUGCUAGGCAAGCACUCUACCACUGAGCUAAAUCCCCAACCCCCAUAAUUUUUCUUAAAAUGCUUAGAAGAUGUUGAAGUUUGGCAGAGGUAGAGAGCGUAGCAAAUAGCAGGAGACAGCCAAUACCAGCAGUGUGGACCGAGACCUAGAGUGCUGGUGUGGGCUGGAGAGACGGCUCAGCAGUAAGAGCACUGGCUGCUCCUCAGAUGACCUGGGUUCAAGUCCUAGCAACCAUCUGUAAUCGCCAUUCCAGGGGCUCCAGUGUCCUCUUCUGGCCUCUGUAGGUACCAGGCAUGCACACAGUACACAGACAAAACACUCACACACAUUAAAUAAGUAAAUAAACGAAUGAAGUCAAAUGCUGCUGUUUCGGAAGUACUGCUGUCACUUGGUGUGACUUGACUUUGGCAGUGCUGCUGGCCUUUGGGUGGCCUAGAUCCUCUAAAGUCAGAUUAAUCUUGUUAGGGUCCUCAAACAAUAAAAAAGUGCAGCUGUGCUUGUUUGAUGUAGAUAGGUAGGUAGGUAGGUAGGUAGGUAGGUAGGUAGGUAGAUAGAUAGAUAGAUAGAUAGAUAGAUAGAUAGAUAGAUAGAUAGAUAGAUAGACAGAUAGACAGAUAGAGGUAGCCAUAAGACAGAUUCUUUGAAAUACUUUCCAUUCUUACUUCUAAGUAAUUUAGACCCUAUGUACAAAAAGAAAUGUUUUCUACACAGGGGUUUGUUACUUCCUUUUUUAUCUCAAACACCAAAGUACAGAUUUUAUAUAUUCAUAGAUAGAAAUAGUCUCUUGUCUAUUUUGUUUCUAAGUCAUAUAUUAUAUACACAUAGACACUUUUUGAACAAUGUUGAAAAAAUCAUUAGAGGUCCACUUAUGUUUAGUUACAAGAAGGAAAAUAUUCUACUUCAUUAAAGCUACUUAUAUCAAUGAAUAUAUACUUGAGAUUUUAUAUAUACGUAUUUUUUCAGUGCUAUACAUUAUAAAGCUAAAAGGUCAGCCCCAUUAACAUCAGAAACUGAGCUCUGUAAAAAACAAACAAACACACACCACAGGUUUGCUUUAAGGUAAACAUUUCUCAAACCCAUGCAAAACCCCCGAAAACCAUGGUUCCUGAAUGCCCUGGCUGUCCUUUCUUGGUGCUCACACUGGCUAGCAGCACUGUCUUUUGUUUCCAAGUAUUUAUUUGGAGAGGUCAAUCUUGCCUUCAAUUCUGCUUCAAAAAGAAGGACUGAGUGUUGCUCACUGGUAGAGUAUAUGCUCAGACUGUAUAAGGUCUGGUUCCCCACCACCUCAAAAAAGAAAAAAACACCUGCCUGCAGACAUGUCUGGAGACUUCCUUCCUUCCUUCCUUUUUUCUUUUCAAACAGUGUCUCACUAUGUGGCCCUUGCUGGCCUGGAACUCCCUGCGGGGACCAGGCUGGCCUAGAAGCAAGAGAUCUGCCUGUCUCUGCCUUCAGAGUGCUAGGAUUUAGGGCAGUGCUAUCACAUACAAUGUGGUGGGAAGAAAUGUAAUUACAAAGUACAACUGCAUCCUAAUGACCUUUAGUAGUUUAGCACUUUUCAAUGUUUAUACGAAUUUGUUUUAGUGUCUGGGGCAGUAUUCUAGAAAGACGUAUAUUAAGUCAUCCUGGGAACCACCGGAUAUUAUCAGAAGCAGGGCUGAGCUGAGCUUGGCGAUAGAAUGCAUGCUUCUGCACAAGGCCCUCGGUUCCGAAACACAGGAGAAGGGAAGGAGUCAGGAUUAGCAGAGUAGCAAGAAAGUGAAAUUUUAGUACCAAGCAUGUUCGUUUCUUGAGACCUCUAGACGUGAUAGAUACUUCAUACACUCAGAAAUCACUGACAUUGUAAAAAUUGAUUUCUCUAUGUUGCUAUGAAAAUAAACAAAGCCGAGACAGGCCUGGGAGUUCAGCAUGGCACAGCACAUACAAGACCUGGUGCUGGAUUUGAGAGAGAGGGAAUGGACAGAUGAGCUGAGUCCGUAAUGACUCUGGCGCCCAGAUGUACUUCGUUACACCUGGAGAGACUGCAGUCCCCCCAGCUCCUCCCUGAAAUGCUGUGGAGCUGACUUGUUGGAGACAGGAGGUUAUAGCAGAAAUAGGAGAAGCUAGGAAGGCUCGUUCCUGCCGGGGCCUCAGGAGAUGCCAAGCCCCAGGCUGUUGUUUCCUCCGCUGGAAAAGUAAGAAAAUGGGGUAACUCCAAACUCUUCCAGGCCUAAAAUGCCACCUCUGUAAUUCUAUUCCGAGUAAGUAUUGGUUUUCAUUUCAAAGGCAGCUGAAAAGUAUAAAGUGGUGCACAGUGGCACAUAACUGUACUCACAGCUCUGGAGAGCAGACAGCAGGGUCUCUGGAGUCUAGACACUAGUUAAGAUAGUCUGGGUACCAAAGCAAGACACCAACUCCAAAUAUUAUUUCUAUAAGGAUAUAAGGAUAUUCUGCUCUAUGUAGUAGGUAUAUUCUUAAGUCUGGAUGUGCUGGGCGUAGUAGCACACAUCUUUGAUUCCAGCACCCAGGCAGCAGAGCCAGGUGGAUCUCUGAGUUUCAGACUAAGCUGGUCUACAUAUGGAGUUCCAGGACAGCCAAGGUCUGACUCCAUACAUAAAUGAACAUGCAUUCCCAUUAGUCCAUCGGUCUUGACAGUGUCUCCAUUAGUUAGGACAGACUUCUUUGGACUUUGUGUAGCAUCUAUGCCAUAAACUUCAUAUGGAACAAUACUGUUACCAAGUACUGUGGAGCUUCUAUUAUUUUGUUUUGUUUUGUUUUUGAGGCAGGUUUCCUCUGUGUAGCCCUAGCUGUCAUGGAACUCACAAUGUAGAACAGGCUGGUCUUGAAUUCACAAAGAUCUGCCUGCCUCUGCCUCCUGAGUGCUGGGAUUAAAGGUGUGAGCCACCAUGCCCAGCAAAGAGCUUUGUAUUUUAAACAACCCAUCCUCCUCCCUCUUAGAAAUAUUUCCAAGAGUUUAUUAUUCGGUCUCCACCUGUGGGCUCUCGACAGUGUGCUUUACAUUCAUGGCUCUGUGAGCACUGAGUGCUAUCUCGGUAUAAAUAGAUUAACACACCGUAGAAACAAUCAAUUUGCUUCAUUUUCAGAUAUCAAGGGCGGAGCUCUUCUCAAUCGAUUUGCUUGUAUCAUGCAUAGCAGGACAGUAUACAUUUUAAGGCUGCAAACUGAAUAAACCAAGCCAGGAAGCACUUUGAUUACAAUGCCAAACCUACACAGAUCACCAAAGACAUUAUUAGAUAAAUUAGAGGUUUAAAAGUACAUCCUUCCUGACAUCGGCAGUGUGGGCGUCUGCACAUCACAGCACCCACAGCUGUGUUUCGGCAGGCUGGGCAGAGCCCUCCUAAGGUAAUAGAAAUUCUGGAAGGUGGGACAUUGCCAUCAGUUAACUCUGAGAGAUUCCACUGAGCAGUUCGUAGCCCACGGGACCAUGGCGGGCGGUGGGUGCUGUCUCCUCAGCAUGUGUCUGCCCGGGUGAUGGCGAGCAAUGCUGAUUCCUGAUCACGCCCAUCUCCUUUAAUCAUAAGGAUUUUAAGUCUAAAAUAGUACAUUCAACUAAAAAUAAAGAAGGCAAAUCCUCUACCUGACAAUAUUCUUUUUCUUAGUGGACUGUGUGGAGUUAAUGGGCUGGAUUUCUUCUGUGGGCUGUUCUUCUUUGUCUGGCAACCCCUAGGCACACCACCCGGAGUCAGACGGUAAUGCCCACACAGCACUGGCUCUUUCAUUCUCUUGUAGAGAUCUAACUAAUGCCUACCCGGUGCCUCGCUCCUGCUGCUCCGGGGUUGGGGUUCACAGCAGAAGUCUCCCUGCUGUGCCUAUCGGCACAAUCUCAGCAACUAUUUUUUGCUCACACUGACCAGGUUGACAUUCAAGGGAAACCUACAGUAUCCCAGGUUUUCUGUGAGUUCUAAUUAGCUGCUACAAGGUCACCAAGACUAAACUAACAGUAGUCAAGGUAAGUACAAGAUCACAGAGUGAAGGUGUCCUAGCAGGAAACCCUGUCACCUUUCUCCCCAAGCAGACUGAACUGAACAGCCUGCGUCCUCUUUACCAGAGUGUCCCCAUGUGAUCUUCCUCCUGCUGGAUCCUGUGUGCUCAGGUCUGUUCCCUCAAGGGCUGCAGACAGCACCAUGCUGUAGUUUCUUCCCCGGGUGUCUGUACAUGGCACCCUCCUACUUACAGGGUGCUGUCUGCUCUGACGAGUAUUCUCCUCCUGGCUCCUGCAUCCUCUUGGGGCACGUCUUUUCCUUUUACACUAACCUCCGUCACCUCUGUGUGUCUCCCACACUGCACGUUCAUCUGCUUUGGAAAGCGCUGCCCAGUGCCUGUGCCCGUGCUCAGCACAGUACUCACUGAAGAGAUUCCAGUGCAUUUUCACUUAGAAUGAGUGUUCCCUUAAAUUAUGUAUUUAUUUGUGGGGACAGGGAGUGUGUGGAGGUCAGGGGACAGUUAUGGGGUUGGUUCACUUCCGAGUUUAUGUGCUGCUGAGAAGGUAUGGAGUCAGGGAAGGAAGUACUUCCAGAAGGAACUUGGAUGUGUGAGCGCUGUCGUCCAGAGCGCUUCCAUGCCAUGCCACUGAAAUCCGUGAGCCGGAACCUGUCACUGCGUGCGCUCUGGAUGGGGUUUAGAGAGGCUGGUUAAAUGUAAGUUUGUAACAACUGAGUGAUUUGGAGAGUUAACAUCAAGUCAACUAAUGUCUGAUGUAUUUAUAAUUGCCUUUCGGAUUUCCUCCUGCUCUCUGAAUUCUUCCCAGGCACCAGGCAAAGUCUGGAGCAGACUGCAGAGUCCUUCUCUCUGGUUUGAACAGCAUAUGUGCAUUCACUAAAAUUUAAAUAAAUCUCUGAGGAGGGAAAGUUGUGCUUUAUUUUCCUAAUUUAUUUUAACAGUAUAGUUUACAUAGAAAUUUCAUUCUUUCAAAUACCUGACUUUUAAGUCAUGGUAGACCCUCAAGUGUAUUCUAGGAACAGAGGUCCGAGAAAGAACUUCGGCCAUUGAAAAAAAAGGGACUGUUUACCCUGUUCUUUUGUGGGUCUUUUGUUGCUGUUGUUGUUGUUGACUUAGGCGAGGAGGUGAGACAGGUUCUCUACAUAGCUCUGGCUGUCCUGGAACUCAUUAUAUAGAUCAGACGGGCCUCGAACUCACAGAGAUCCUCCUGUCUCUGGCUCUAGAGUGCUAGCAUUAAAGGUAUGCCACCAUGCUUGGCAAAUUUCUCCCAUUUAAGACCUCCCAAGGCUAAAGGAAUUUUAAACAAUGAGUUGACAUCAAGCUGACUUCUCAUUGGUAUAAACCAAACAAUGUGAUGAACAGAGGAGCCCCAACAACAUCCCUUACUCUGGGAAAAGCUACCUCCUGCUAGAAACACAUUGAGUAAACAACAUGGGUUCCGCAGGCGAUUGUACUUCUCUUCAUGCAGUAACUGAGGGACUGCUGUCAAUGAUGUUUCCAUUAAUCAUUAGUCCAUUGUGGAAAAUGUCAAAUUACACAAAAUGUAAGAUACUUUUGUUCUGGGAUAUUUGUACACUGUGUGAAGAUGUGUUGCUGUGAUUGGUGUAAUAGAAAGUUGAACGGCCAAUAGCUAGGCAGGAGGUAUAGGAGGGACUUCUGGGCAGAGAGAAUUCUGGGAAGAAGAAAGGUGGAGUUGCCAGCUAGAUGCAGAGGAAGCAGGAUGGGCAGUACAGAGUAAAGGUAACUGAGCCACAUAAAAGGACAUAGAUUAAAAGAUAUGGGUUAAUUAAAGUUAGAAGAGCUAGUUGAGACAAGCCUAAGCUAAAGGCCCAGCUUUCAUAAUUAAUAAGUCUCUGUGUCAUUAUUUGGGAGCUGGCUGGUGGGACAGAGAAAGACUCACUACAUACUUUUCCAUUGAAAUCCAUAUACCCAGUGCUUAGAUUCUGCCAUUAACACUGUGCUCUCCAUCCGUUGAUUGUCUCAGUAUACCUUACUUUUCAUGCACAUUAAAGUGACUUGCUGAUGUCAGUAUACUUCCUUCUAAAUACCUCAACAUGCAUGUCAUUAACUAGAAUUCAGUAUUUAUUUACAGGUUGUACUAAAAUCUAUAUUACAGAAUGCACAAAUUUUAUGUCUAUUCAUGGAAUAUUGAUAAAUGCAUGUAUCUGUGUACCUCAAAUCCCUACUAGAAUACAAGACCACCAGGCUCCUUUCCAGUCAGUUCUCACCCCUAGUCUCUCUCUGUUCUCCUUUUCUCCACUAUAGAUUGGUUACUGUGUCUUUCUAAACAUUUUAUAAAUACAUGUAUUCUUCUAUGUAAGGUUUUUUCCAUUUGGCACAGUGUUUUGGAGAUUUACUGAUGUUAUGCAUAUUAAUAACACGCUCUUUUCAUUGCAGAAUAGUUUUUCCUUUAUUACUACGUAGCUGGUUCAUUCUCAUGAUGGACAUAUGAGCUGUGUCCAAGUUUUCACUGAGAGGAGUAAAGCUGCUGUGAACAUUCAUGAGUCAUCUUAGAUGUGUUUUCAUGUCUCUCGGGUAAACACUUAGAAGAGGAGUUAAUGGGUUAGAGGAGGUGUAUGCUUAGCCUUUUUGUUAUUGUUCUACUCCAGACAGGGUCUCACUGUGUAGCCCUGGCUGUCCUGGAAUUCACUCUAUAGACUGGCCUCGAACUCACAGAGAUCCGCCUGCCUCUGCCUCCUGAAUGCUGGGAUUAAAGGUGUGCGCCCCCACUCCCAGCAUGUGUUUAGUCUUAUGGGAAGCUGCCAGGGUUUCCUGGAGUACAUUGUGUAUGCACCUACCUACUCUGCCACAUUUUGUCAGGGGUUUUUGUUUUGAAUCAAGGUUUUCUUAAUGUUGUCCAAGCUGGCCUCAAAUGAUCCUCCUGCCUCAGCUUCCUCAUCACUAUGCCACCAUGCCCAGUUCUUUGGUGGGUGUAUACUGGUAUCCUCUUGUAAUACUAACUUGUUAAGAAAUUGUCUAAGGCCCAUGCUUGAUUCUCUCAAAGAAAAGAAGCCUGCAAUGCAUCCUUACCCUCCAGACUCCAGUAUGCAAUAGAUUCUCCCAACCUUUUCUGGUGAGACCAAGCUCGCUUUUCUGAGCCUCCUGGAUUAGAGGUGAUGGUGGUGGCUAUAAUUCCCGCGCCCAAAUCUCAUCCUUCCCCACCCCCAAUAAUAAUAAUCGUUUCCUUUCUCUGAAAAAAAAAAAAAAAAAAGAAAAGAAAA